UACUAGUACAUGAUUGUAUACAUUUUGUCAGGGUGCAGAUCUACUGAUGCUCAACCCUAUCUAGGCAGCUUUGCUCUACGAGGAGCUAUGUCGCUCAUCCGUCUCUGCGCGGCGUCCUCCAGCUGCCGCCUUGCUCUCAGAGGCGUUCGCCCUGGGUCUUCCGAAGCAGCACACACAGCUUCGGAGGACACCGCUACUGAAGCAAGCACCCAGGUGCCUGCUCCUGAAGCCAAAGCUCCCAAAAGCAAGAGUAGACUGAAUCGGGAUGUAGGAGACAUUAUCGCGAAGAGCCGUGGACAUGACUACAAGCAGACGAGCGGAGAUACGAGUAAAGUGGAGGAGGCCGCCGAUCUAGAGGCCAAGGACGACACUGAGGCGGAGACCAAGAAAAAUCUGGAAAGAGCGCAGUCGAAUACCUACAUCAGGCGCCCCCACAAUGAGAGAAGGCAAUUCCUGAGGAAAUCUUGGUCUACAGAAGGCCUUUUGAAUUACUCUACGCGGGAUGCAUGCAUGUCUCACCAGGGCUACCAGGGUGUGCAACUGAUGUAUUCUCAUCUUACCCUCAUCAGCAAUGACACAGAGCGAUAUAAUAUGCAGAAUACGAAGCCGAUCGAUGUAACCUUAAAUGGCCGCACGUAUAGUUUUCGCUCCUACUGGGACUCUCCGGUCUCGAUCGGCAACGCUCUAGCUCACCGGGCUAAGAAUGAGGCCGUGUGUGCAAGGUUCAAUGGUAAGCUGAUCAACCUUCAGCAGCCACUUACCUCUAGUGGAGAUCUGGAGUACAUUAUGCCAGACGCACCGGACGCUGCACGUGCACUUGGCGGUCUUGGGUGUGUGCUGCUCAACCAGGCGCUGGAGAGGAGCUGGCCAGACGCUAAGCUCCUGUCGUCCGGCGUCAACCACCUGGGACAGUUCUACUGCGACAUCUCCCGUCAUCCAGCACUGAUUGGACUGCCUGACUCGGAAACCCUGGCCAUACUGGAGAACUACAUGCUCGAAGUGGCAAGCCUUCCGUAUAACUGCGAGAUGUUGCGAGCACCGCAGUCGUCAUAUGCCAAGAGUUUAGCCAGUAUCAUCACAAGCCUUUUCCAAAGGUACGACCAGGAGAGAGGCGCGCGGAUUUUGCAAGCCAUCGAGGGAGACUCACUCUCUCCUCUCUAUAUCCAUGGUUUGUACAUGAACGUUCACGAGUCUCCCGUAGCUCCGUUCCCCUCAUUCGUCAAAGGCGUCGUCAUUGAGUCGAUUGAGCGGCGCUACAAUUCUGUUACCGGAGACGACGAAUGCACUUGCUUUCGUCUGACCGGACGGAUCUUCCCCAGUGUCGAAAAGCUACACGAGUGGAUGCUGGAGUCUUACGAAUUCCGCGAUGAUGUUCAGAAAGAUAACCCUUCCUGCCGACACGCCCGUUGGGCCCAGGUGCCCGACGAGGCACGCCGCCCUCUAGAGCGCACGCCCGAGCUGGAGCAGGCCUGGGUCCAGCAAUACCAGCAUGAUCUGGAAAAGGACACGGAGGUCGUCAAGGCCAAAAGGGGCUCCAAGCAAACGACCAUGCGGCGCCAGAACAGGACGUUCACGGCGCUGCACAACAGCUACAUCACCAUUGCUCACCCUCUGACGCAUAACACGCCGCCGGACCUGGAGACCAUGGAGAAAGUACGCCUGGAGAACCCAAGCCUGUUCAAGGGCGUGCUGUACCAGGCCAAGCAUCUCGUGUCGCAGUGGGAGGUGCUCCGGCGCAACGAGGGCCAGCGCAUCGCCAUGAACGCCGAGGCCAAUCUGUACGAGUACAAACGUGUCAUGCUGGCUCGGCCGUCCGAUAUCGGCAGCAAACGCCGGCCGGCCUUGAGCCGCAGCGGCCGCCCGGAGGCCAUGUCUCUCUCGGUGUCGCUCGACUAACGUCAUCUCUCUCUCUAUCUCUCCCUCUCUCUCUCUCUCUCUCUCUCUCUCUCUCUCUCUCUCUCUCCCUCCCUAUCUCUCUCUCUCUCUCUCUCUCACUCACUCUCUCCGUCUCUCCCGCAGUGCCCAUUUGUUGUCCACGUUGCUACUGCUGGUGGUACUAACUUAAAUAACAGACUUUGGUGAAGCCCUUCCCUUCCACCCAUUAUGUACAUGUGCAACACAACUACCUGGCCAUUUC